AGGCUUAAUCAGAUGUCUCUCUUGCUACCACCAAGAAGCUAUGCAGGUGAUGCGCUCAGGGCUCCCUUGCCAUCGCUGAUCUUUCAUCUUCGUCCAGCCACUGUGUACUAGUGGCGUAUCGGACCUAGCUUAGCAUAGGCACCGGUGUAGCGUUUCCGAUUUCAUUUGUGGACCCAAAAGCAGAACUGUCGAUUCAAGCGUCUUGAUUGCCAUCGGUGCCUUUGCCAGGAUGGAUGUAUUCCAUCGCACGCGACACAUCGGCAACCACUCUCCACACAAGCGAGGGACUUCCCGUGAACUCAUAGGAACUUCAAGUUCACAACUAGGAGAAGCUCAUUCCCCACAUCUGUCUCCUUGUUUCAUGCAAACAUGGCGUCCAUGAUGGACUUGAACGCUCUCUUCCUCUUCAUGUCUGAAGAUCGUACUAACAGAUAUCUCACUGUCUCUGCCAUUGUUUUCUUAAUGUACGACAUUGUUCUGAACUUCGCAAGAGAGUAUAAGUUUGUGUGGAGGACACGAUGGGGACUCGUCAAGACGUUGUAUUAUAUUGCAAGAUAUUAUGCAUUAAUCAACAUCAUAUUUCUAUUAUGUGGUCCUGUCGUUUUCACAACGACUAUCAAUGUAAUUUUCAUCCUAAGAAUACAUGCGUUGUAUGGCCAGAGUCGUAAAGUCUUGAUUAGCCUGGUCUUAUUGGUUCUCGCGGAGUUUGUGCUCGAGAUGUACACGGAUAUAAGCUUCGUCCUCCAUUCACAAAUCACUCAACCCAUCCCCGGUAUGCCUUGGAUGGUAUGCCUAGCUGUUGCGACACAAGAUGUGAUCAUCAAAACGCUUGCUGCAUGGAUUCCCAACCUCCUUGUUACAUGGAUCUUCUUCGUCAUGACCCUUUACAAAUUCGCUAUGUUGGUUCGCCGAAAUGAGUACCGCUCGCUUAAACAAUCGACAUCACUUAUGCACGUCUUCGUUAAGGAUGGGACCAUAUAUUUCUUUUUGACUUUCUGCAUUGUACUCAUAUGUACCGUAUUCGUCAUGGUCGAAAGUCUGCAAGCUGAAUCUGGGGGUCCGAUAAUUUGGCUCAUGGCCAUAUAUUCACUCGCGGGGUCCCGACUCAUCCUCAAUCUACGAUCAGCAGCCGAGGAUCAGAAGCUGUCGUUCGGAGUGAGCGAAUCAGAGGUAUCUGCUAUGAGAGCGGCCCCUGCAAGCGGCGGAACAACUCAAUAUGUGCAUUCUGACAUCGAGUUAGAAGCUUUGCCUGCAAGAACUCGGAAACAAGGUGGAAACGAAAGCUCAGACCGGAGAAGAAAUCGAAGUUAUGAAAGUACGGUGGUUGGAAGUCAAGUUUGACUCGUGCAAGUUCUGAUAAAUGAACCCUUGGAUUGACACUUAUUUAUGUAUCUCGUUCAAAAAUCUCAAUGUCUAUGGAAUCGUUGAGACCAACUAC